AUGGCACAACAGCUCGAAAACGAAUUCGUUUCGUCUAAAAUCUCGGUGUUCAAACCUGGAAAUGUUUCGGUAAAGACAAUUAAAGUGAAGAAGCCAUACUCUCCUGCCGAGCUUCUUGUUUUGGCUCCCGAAGCCGAAGGCAAUUAUCCAGUGCUGCUCUUCUGCCAUGGUUACUGCACUAAGAACACUUGGUAUUCUGACAUCCUUCAGCAUGUGUCUUCCCAUGGAUACGUUGUUGUUGCCCCUCAGUUUUACCACUACCUGCUCAUAUCCGUGAACGAUGAAAUCAAGAUGGCUGCAAAAGUGACAGACUGGCUACCUCAGGGCCUUUCGCUGCACCUCCCGGAAAAAGUGAAACCAAACCUCUCAAAACUUGCCCUCAUGGGCCACAGCCGUGGUGGAAAAGUCGCAUUUUCCCUCGCAUUAGGCCAUGAACAAACUUCCCUCGAAUUCAAGGCCUUGCUUGGGUUGGACCCUGUAUCCAUGCCUAACCCACCGGCUUGGGUCGAACCGAAAAUUCUUUCCUACGUUCCACACUCAUUCAAAAUCUCGAUUCCUGUUGGAAUAGUAGGCACUGGCUUGAGCAAUCAAAAGAGGUGGGGUAUUAUUCCACCUCUUGCCCCUGAUGGGUUCAACCACUCGGAGUUUUUUAACGAGAGCAAGCCUCCGUGCUGCUACUUUCUAGCUAAGGAGUAUGGCCACUGUGACAUGCUGAACGAGUCUAAGUUGGGUUUGACGGGUUUGGUGUGUAAAAGCGGGAAAGGUUCGAAAGAGAAGAUGAGGAGAGGGGUUGGAGGGGUAGUGGUAGCAUUCCUCAAGGCUUACUUGGGGGGUGAAUUUGGAGGUCUUGAAAGUAUUGUGGCUGAACCAUACAUUGCUCCUAUUACUCUUGAUCCUGUUAUUUACCUCAAAGAGUGA